AUGAAGCGUCUCAGCCCGAGCAAAAAUCCUAUACCGAUUGCUGCUGACCCCCGUAUCCGUGCAGAAGCGCCGCGAGUCAAUCUCCCGCAUGUGGACACACAAUUGAAUAUGCACCAGCAUAACGGAUUCCUCGACGAUGAAUCAGCCCCCGAAGGGCAGAAUGGCUAUAAUCGAGCCUCCUCGUCUCCUUCAAACCUUUCCGCGAACCCCGUUGAAACGACUAAUAGCGAUGCCCCCACAUCUGAAUGGUCAGCCGUUGGCCAUGCAGCGGCAACAGGGAAAUCCGGACGUGUUAUCCACAAUCUCCAGGAGGAAAUAGCACGUCUAACGCGUGAAUGUACACUCUACAAGUCCCGCGCGGAGGAGUACCAAAGAACCAACGAGGCCUACAAGAUCCAACAACAAAACAUGAACGAGCGCCUACGGAACCUCGAGCAAGUCAACGAGACCAACCUCAACUCAAUUGCGCGGAAAGACCGGAAGCUGGAGGAGCUAAGAACGGAACUCCAACACGAGCGCAGCAAACGGCAGGAUGCAGAAAUGGACGCAAACCAGACCAAUCAUACUAUGCGCGAGGAGCGCGAGAACCACAACCGUGAACAAGCCCGGUCAUUAGAGAUCGCCAAGCACCACGAGACACAAUACGAGGUGCUAUCUAGCGCCACAAAACGCGACAAGGCAGAAUUUGCAAAACGCAUCAAUGCCAUCUGGGCCGAGUUGACGACUCUCGCCAACGCGCAGAAAACACAUACAGAUUCCACCGAGCGGCUGGAGGUUCUUGCGGAUCAAAAGAACAGGGAAUUCGACAUCCUCAAGGAAUCCUAUGAGAAGCUGCUCGCCCAGCACUCUACGUAUAAGGAAAUGAAGGAUAACGACUUCCGCGAGACGAUUGAGUCGGCUAAGUCUAACAACGAUAUGAUCGCUGGUAUCCUUGCUCAAGUCAAGGAGACCGAGACAGAAAUGAAGUGGGCGAUCCGGCUCAAUGAAAGUCGGAAACCCAGUGAUUGA